UUAGUCAUCGUGAGCGACGUGAACGAGACGUGGUGAAAUUUGGCCGACUAUAACGGCGCGUGGAUGAAAGUCCUCGUUGCUCCCUGGAGAAUAAGGACGGUCUCUCACCAAUAUGACGUCAGAUGCAAGCGACAACCCCUACGUUUCUGAAUACCCACCGACCUGUACCAUCGAUCCCAGCAUCAAAGCACUGAUAUCGCACUACUACCAGCAAGUAGAUACAAAAGGGAAGCACGUGGAGUAUUCGGAAUGCUGGAUCGAAGACGGCACCUUGGUCGUGCCCAACGGCCAGGAAUUCACAGGGAGAGAAGCCAUUAGAAACCUCCAUUCAGGCAUGUGGGAUGGCGUGCCCAGACGCCUUCACCGCCCACGGAAAGUCUUUCCAUUUGGCGACAAUGCGGAUGAGGUGGUGAUUAUCGGCACGGUCGAGUACUGGCCCGAGGAUGGCCCGUACAAGAAGCAGGAUAUGGCUGCGCGCGCGAAAUACCGGAAGGAUUCGAAUAGAGGCGAAGUGAAGAUUGUCAGACUUCAGGUCUGGCUUACAGGCUAG